UCCAUAUCAUGUGAUUCAGGUGUUCCAAUCCCCUCCGUAUCAUGUGAUUCAGGUGUUCCAAUCCCCUCCCAAUCAUGUGAUUCAGGUGUUCCAAUCCCCUCCAUAUCAUGUGAUUCAGGUGUUCCAAUCCCCUCCCAAUCAUGUGAUUCAGGUGUUCCAAUCCCCUCCCAAUCAUGUGAUUCAGGUGUUCCAAUCCCCUCCCAAUCAUGUGAUUCAGGUGUUCCAAUCCCCUCCAAUCAUGUGAUUCAGGUGUUCCAAUCCCCUCCAUAUCAUGUGAUUCAGGUGUUUCAAUCCCCUCCGUAUCAUGUGAUUCAGGUGUUCCAAUCCCCUCCAUAUCAUGUGAUUCAGGUGUUCCAAUCCCCUCCA